CCGUCACAAGUGGAAUAAUACAAGUGAACAAGAUGAAAGUUACUCUACUAGCUGUGGUGACACUCACUACAGUGGCUGCCCUCGUUGGAGCCGCCGACCCAGAAUGCAUAUACCGGAAAAUUCGGGGCCUCUCGACGCACUGGCCAAAACCCUUGAGUUGCUCCAGCUACUACCGAUGCUCCUCGAAGAACAACGUUCGCACGGUGACAUGUCCGGUGGGCAAGGAGUAUAACCCUAAGAACGGUAAAUGCUCCAAUGCAGGACGCAGUCUGUGCAAGCUCAGCCUGGUAGCUCCUCUCGCCGAGACCACCAAUGUGUGCUCCAAGGAGGUGAACGGUGCUUACCUGGCCAAAAGCGGUACUUGUGCUGAGUUCUACAUCUGCGACGAGCAGUUGGCCUACCCGCAAAAGUGCGAUUCCGGCAGUUAUUUCAACGAGACGUUGAGUGCCUGUCUUCCGGAUCCGGCGUCCACUUGCUGGCAGAACCUGUGUAUCGGUAAGGCGAGCGGAGUUUCCCUGGCAAACAAGGACAACUGCGGCAGCUACUACGUGUGCUCGGAUGCGGAAGCCACCCUCCAGACUUGCCCCUCGGGCAGCUUCUUCAACACUACUGUUGAUGCCUGCACCGUCGAUACUGGAAACUCCCAAUGCUGGGUGAACUACUGCAUUGGAAAGGCUGAUGGAUCCGCUGUGGCCGAUAAGUCCAGCUGUUCCCUGUUUUACGUGUGCUCCGACAACACGGCCACCGCCCAGGAGUGUCCCGAAGGCAGCCAUUUCGAAAAUACCGACUGGGGCUGUGUUCCCGGCGAAUGUUCCACGGAGUCAACCACCGAACCCUGUGAAGAUAUAACAACCACGACCACCGAACCCUGUGAAGAUGUAACAACCACGACCACCGAACCCUGUGAAGAUGUAACAACCACGACCACCGAACCCUGUGAAGAUUCAACAACCACGGAACCUCCUACAUCCUGCGACUGUGGUGAUGUUAAAAAUUCCGACAUUAUUUCCGAUGCCGACAAUUGCCGCAAGUACUUCAUCUGCACCGACGGCGCCCUAAAGGCCGGAGAUUGCGGAAAGGGCAACUUGUUUAAUUCCACCCUCAAGGUUUGCGUGGUGGACGAGAAGAACGAGUGCUGUGUGGCGGAUUGCGCGGAAGGAGCCACGGAAGUGGAUCCCCAGGACUGCAGCAAGUACUUGAAGUGUGUCAAUGGCGAAUGGACAUCAACCCCCUGUGAAGGUGGUAGUUAUUACAACUCGCUUCUGAACAUUUGCGAAGUGGAUGAAAAUAAAGUGUGCAUUGGAGCCACGACCACCACUAACCAGUGCAACGCCCGAGAUCCCCCAGCCAGUGGCAAGAACUGCUGGAGCUACCAGGCCUGCAUCGAUGGCCAGUGGCAGGACGAGACCUGCCUCAAGGACUACUACUUCGACGCCUCCGUGGGCAUUUGCCGCGAGGACUCCGACCACGUUUGCCCCGAGAACAGAUCGAGUGGAUCGCGCCAGAAGCGAAGUGUGGAGGACUGCACCUGCGAGGGUGGCAUCGAGCAGGGAAGCAUCGUUAGUCACCCCACCGAUUGCGACAAGUACCUGAUCUGCGAGAAUGGCCAGCUGGUGGAGGGCUUGUGCGGCGUGGGCAAUGUCUUCAAGAACUGCAGCGGCGUCUGUGCUCCGGACACCAAGGCCACCUGUUGGGUGUGUUCCAACAAGCCAAAUGGCUACCAGAUGCCGAAUCCGACCGACUGCACCAGCUAUUUGACCUGCUGGAACGGCCUGGCCACGGAGCACUUCUGUGAAGCCGAUGAGUGGUACAAUGGCGCUGGUGAGUGCGCCAUCGAUGUGAAUGCCAAGUGCAUCAAUCCUUGCACCUGCGGAAACGGCAACGUCGCCCAUCCCAUUUGCACCAAGUACUUCCAGUGCACGGACGGAGUGGCCCAAGCGGUUCAGUGCCCCUCUGGCGAGGCUUUCGAUUCCUCCACUGGUCUGUGCUCCGCAACCGUGGCGUGCUCGGCCAAGAACUGCGCCACCGCCUCUGAUGACACCACCUAUCCCGUGGCUGGAGAUUCCACCAAGUUUUACCUGUGCCGCAAUAACGUGGCGACCAUUGCGUCCUGCCCGGCUAACUCUGCAUAUGACGUAGACCUGGGCAUAUGCCAGUCCCAGCCCAGUACCGAUUGCGACCAGACCGUGUGCAAGACUGCCGCUGAGUGGUCGGCAUAUCCCUCUCUAAGUAAUGACUCCUCGACUUUCUGUGAGUGCCAAGAUGGUGGCGGAUAUAUCAACUCCUGCCCCACGGGCUUGUUCUUCGACGAAGCUGAAGCGAUAUGCACUUUCACAGGAAACUGUGAUCCUCGGGAGUGCAAGGGUGAGUCGGAGUACUAUGUUUCCCAGGACUACGAGGACCCGAAUAGUUUCUGCUUGUGCCGAGCCAACGAACCCGUCUCAGUGCCCUGCCCCAUCGGCUACACUUUUGACAGCAAGGAACUUCAAUGCGUCCUCAUUCCCCAGGCUGAUCCACGUUGCUGCCGCAAUGGCUGCGUGGGAAAGUCUGACUUCACUUAUCUUCCGGCCUUGGAUACCACCGACGGCUUCUGUGUCUGCGUGGAUGAGGUUCCCAAGUAUACCAGCUGCCCAGCCGAUUCCCAAUAUGACACCGAGCUGGGUGCCUGCUUUAACACUGGGAGCGAAACCACUUGCGAAAAGAAUGUCUGCGAUGCCACCGCGUGUGAGACCAAGCCCGAUUACGAUACCUUCUCCGUUGAGGGCGAACCUUCUGCCUUCUGCUACUGCCUCGAUUAUUGCCCAAUCUAUAGGGUCUGUUCCAAUGACCUGGUCUACGACCCUGAACAAGCAAUUUGCACGGAGCCAGUGGAUCCCUGUGCUGUCUCCAAAUGCGAUGCCGAAAAAUGUGAUGUCUUGUCGGAAUACACUCCUUACCUGCCCAACGAGGGAGUGGAUGGCUUCUGCUAUUGCGAGGGUGGUCUGCCUAACUUCUUACUCUGUCCCAAUGACCAGGAGUUCUCUACAUCCCUGGGAAUUUGCCAAACGCCUGUGGACAACAGUGCGGCCUGCGAAUGCGAUGCUAGCAAGUGCGCCACCUUGAGCGACUACGUGCCCUUCCCAACUAAUUCGGCCAGCGAGAAUAGCGACUCCUUCUGCUACUGUGAAAACGACGAGGUGUUCCUGGGCAAGUGCAGCGCCGAUAUGGUGUUCUUUCCGAAAGAGGAGCGCUGCGGACCGGUGGCGGCAUCCGAGUGCGUUUGCGAAGCGGGUAAAUGCGACAACAGCGACGACUAUUACGCCUAUGGGGCUCUAAAUACGGUUGAGGGCUUCUGCCUGUGCGUGAUCGGAACUCCGGUGUUCAAUGAUUGCCCGGAGGGUGCCAGUUUCGACAGCGAUCUAGCGGCCUGCGUGGGGGGCACCACCAAGAUCACUGCCUCCAGCAUCUGCGAUCACAGCCGAUGCAAUAACCGUGCCCUUCUGGCCGCACCCUUUGCCGCCAUCAAUACGACCAGUGGAUACUGCAGCUGCCAGGAUGUGGGCGUAUCCACCUUCGUCAGUUGUGCGGACGAACAUGUUUACGAGCAGAGCAUGGGAUCCUGUGUGAUCGCUUCUUGCGAUUACACCAACUGUUUGAAUCGAGCUCCGUUCGAAGCCUUCGAGGCGAUGAACACCACUGAAGGAUUCUGCUCCUGCGACGGUGUGCCCUCCUUCCAUCACUGCGAAAAGGGAUUCGUGUUCGACAAAGUCCAGGGAUUGUGCCAGCUGAAGAACGUUAUUGCGAUGAUCUCCUGCAACCUUCAGGAGUGCCUCAAGCGAGGGCAAUUCGAGCCCUUUGCCGCCGAAAACACCAAGUCCGGAUUCUGCUCCUGCGAUGACCAGCAGAAGAUCAGCGUCACCUACCAUCCCUGCGCCUUGGGACAGAUCUUCGACCCCGAACUCGGCCUGUGCGCGAGCCACAGCAUCCAGAAGCGUUCCGUGGAGGCGGAGGAAAACGUAAGGUCCCUCUCCUUGUUCAAGAAAUACUUCCCGAAACUGUUCUAAGCCAGCUUUGGGCUAGCUUUUUAUACUCUUACUCUACCUUAUGACAUUAGUUGUUAUUUAUGAGUUAUGUUUAAUGUGAAUGUUCCGCUUGUUCCACUUCUAUACGUAUUAAAUACCCAAUAAUGUAUUUUACCCACAUAUACGCU